UGGGGGAAAGAAGAAAAUUAAAAAUCAUUUGGCCUCCUUGCAGGGAGAUGCCUAAGAAAGACUUUCCCUUUGAAGGCGAUCUCAAAAUAAAUAAGCCUAAAUGGCCACCUGAAGUGACAACUCCUCUAUCCUCUGAAUUUAAAACUGAAUCACUGGUGGAACAUUUUAAAACUCUGGAAAAUAAAGAACCAGACAUUUCUUUCCUACAGCCAUAUCUGCCAUCCACUCCUAAGUAUCAGAAAGAGGAUGUUACAGGAGUUAAAGAAAUGAGAAUAUAUGAAGCCAGAAAUGAUGAGAAGGUAGAAAAUAUGAAUGUGCAAGAUAAGCUGAAUGAAUCUGCAGAUACAAAGAAUAAAAGAACAAGUGGAAUGGAUCUUAAUGACAACAAUAAUGUGAUUGUGCAGAGUGCUGAAAAGGAGAAAAAUGAAAAAACUAAUGAACCUGAUGGUGCAGAAGUUUUACAGGUUACUAACACUGAUGAUGAGGUGGUGGCAGAAUAUUAUAAAGAGAAUUUGAAUAAGAAUAAUAAUAACAAUUAUGUAGCAGUCUCAUAUCGGAAUAAUUUCAGGCAGAAGACAUCUAUUUUAGAAUUUCCUAAUCUAUUACCUCUGUCAAGUGCUAAAAGCUACAAAGCAAGCAAAUACCAAAUUAAAACAUUGGAACAUGCACCCAGAAUCUGAGUAUAUUUGAAUCUGAGAAAAGGUAUUA